AUGCUUAGCCGUGCCGUGCUACCUCUAACAAGACCUGGUGUCCUUGCUUCAUCUGUUCGCGUAUCAGCCCUCUCUGCCCCCAGAACGAGAUGGUACGCAAAGAGCAGCAAGCCUAAGGCUCCUUACAAGCUGCCGGAAUCUAUCAAAUCUCCCCAAUCAGAACAGUCCUCGACAUCCCCUCAACCAGAGUACUCGGCGGAACAGACCGAGUUCGAUACGAAGGCGGACCCCACGAAGAACACUGCGUCGCAGACUUCUGAAGCUUCCGAGACUGGUCCGACCGCUCCCGAAAAGGAUACGCCUCAAAAACCACUUCCCGAUCUCACCCAGGGUAUUCCAUCUACGCUUUUCGCCGAAUUGGAAGGUCGUUCGAAGAAAGAUGGACAGAGUGGGUUGAAUCUGACCGAAGAUCCCUCACGAUCGGAAGACUAUACGGAUGAUGGUCGGGGUGGUGAUAUCCCGAAGGAUGGUUACGUCUCAUCUCUCGACCGCCGCCGGGCUCGGAUGGCGAACCUGAUGUAUGCACUGUUCCUUAUUGCAGGCGUCGGAGGAGUGGCCUAUCUAGGACGCAACUGGGAAACAGAAGAAGAGGCAAAGGCACAUCCGGAGAUUCCGUCCGGCUGGAGUUUGUCUUCCUGGUACGGCCGCAUGAAGGCUCGUACGGGCGAUAUCACUAGCUACUACAAGGAUCCCGCCUUCCCGAAGCUGCUUCCUGACGAGGAUCCUAACAUGCGCCAGCCUUAUACCUUGGUGCUCAGUCUGGAGGAUCUACUCGUCCACAGCGAAUGGAGCCGGGAACACGGAUGGCGGGUUGCAAAACGUCCAGGUGUCGACUACUUCCUUCGUUAUCUGAACCAGUACUACGAACUUGUUCUCUUCACUAGCGUCCCCAGUAUGAUGGCAGACCAAGUUCUUCGGAAGCUCGAUCCUUACCGUAUCAUCCGUUGGCCGCUCUUUAGAGAAGCGACCAGGUACAAGGAUGGAGAAUACAUCAAGGAUCUGUCAUACCUGAACCGAGAUUUGUCCAAGGUGAUUCUGAUCGACACCAAGGAGGAGCACGCGCGCCUGCAGCCGGACAAUGCCAUCAUCCUCGAAAAGUGGGGCGGUGAUGCCAAGGACAAGAACUUGGUUGCCCUGAUUCCCUUCCUUGAGUACCUCGCCGGUAUGGGCAUCGACGAUGUGCGUCCUGUCCUGAAGUCGUUCGACGGCACCGAUAUCCCCGUGGAAUUCGCCAAGCGUGAGAAGAUCAUGCGCGAGAAGUUCGAAAAGGAACUGGAGGAAGAACAGAAGAAGCGGCCCAAGCGUGGCUUGGGCAGUUUGGCAUCCGCCCUGGGCCUGAAGUCCCCUCGCAGCCUUGACGGCGAGCAGUCCCCGUCCGAGGGUCUAGCUCAGGGCAAGAUGCUCUGGGAUCAGAUCCGUGAACGUGGCCAGAAGAACUACGAGAUGAUUGAGAAGGAGAUCCGUGAGAACGGCGAGAAGUGGCUGGCGGAGAUGGCCGCGGAAGAGGAGAAGGCUCGACAGGAACAGAUGAAGAUGAUGAAAGGUUCCUUCACCAGCGUUUUCGGUGCUGGCAAGCAAUAA